UGUUGAUACGACACCGUACGGAACCUAUGUGACCCAAACCCGAACUGAUAAUUGGUAGAUCUGCUGGAUGGUUCUUAGUUCUUUCUUGUUCUCUGCAAUUCUUGCUUGCGGGGAGCAGCUGGAUCCGAUCUCUUCUCUUAAUCUUUACCAUUUUCCUUAUUUCUUCACAAACGACGAGGUGCGCCCUUCCCAAAUCACACCUUCACCAAUCUCUUUAAUUUACGGUUUCAGAUUUGCUCAAUUCAUUUUCAGAUUUUCACAAAAUUUUCCUCCCUCGUGCCUUUAAAAUGGUUAGAAUUAUCAAAGAAACGUGUUGAAAUUCCUCGAACUUUUCUCUUUUUAUGAAACAUUAAUUGUCUGGUAAAUACAAUUGUACAAAAAAAAUGCCUGUGAAAUCUGGGCAAUCGUCGUGUCGGGACCGAACGCAGGAGUUUCUGAGCGUUGCGGAAAGGCUAAAAAAGACAAUUUCGUCGGUCAAUAAUGCGUCGUUGAGUAAUAGCAGCGGUAGCGUUGGCGCCAAGCCCGAGAAUCGGAGAUCUGCCGUGGCGAUUCAGUCGGAGUUCAACAAAAGGGCCUCAAAGAUUGGGUUCGGUAUCCACCAGACAUCCCAGAAGCUAGCUAAGCUCGCAAAAUUGGCAAAGAGAACAUCUGUGUUUGAUGAUCCAACUGCUGAGAUCCAAGAACUGACAUCUGUAAUAAAGCAAGAUAUUACUGCACUUAAUUCUGCUGUAGUGGACCUCCAACUGCUUUGCAACUCACAAAAUGAAAGUGGAAAUAUCUCCAGUGACACCACAACCCAUUCAACCACAGUUGUAGAUAACCUAAAGAAUCGACUAAUGAGCACCACUAAAGAGUUUAAAGAAGUCCUCACCAUGCGAACAGAGAACAUGAAGGUUCAUGAGAAUAGAAGGCAAUUGUUUUCUUCAACUGCUUCAAAAGAUACUACAAAUCCUUUUAUUCGCCAGCGACCUCUGGUUACUAGAUCAGCAGCUACAUCAUCAACAAGUCCUCCCCCUUGGGCUAACGGUUCCACAUCAUCAUCCCAGUUAUUUCCAAGCAAACAGGCAGAUGGGGAGUCGCAGCAGCAUCAACAGCAACAGCACCAGCAAUUGGUUCCCCUGCAAGACAGCUAUAUGCAGAGUCGAGCUGAAGCUCUUCAUAAUGUGGAGUCAACAAUUCAUGAACUAAGCAAUAUCUUUACACAACUAGCAACCAUGGUUUCUCAACAAGGGGAACUUGCAAUCAGGAUUGACGAGAACAUGGAUGAGUCAUUGGCAAAUGUGGAGGGGGCACAGAGCCAGUUGGUCCGAUACCUUAACAGUAUUUCAUCCAACCGUUGGCUGAUGAUCAAGAUAUUCUUUAUAUUGAUUGUAUUCCUCAUGUUUUUCUUAUUUUUUGUGGCAUAAAUAUAUUGAAGGAAAUAGAAAAAAAAAUAAAGGAUAUAAGAGUGUUCUUCUCUGUGUCUCUAUGAGUAUGCAAUGUCAGAGUACUUUCACCCCACCUUUUUUGAGUAGUAAACUCUUCCACCAACAGAUUGUGUUGAACUCUUCCUCCUCCUAGUGCUUCAACUUUCAAAUUACACAUUCGUUUGUAGACUUUAGUUGCUAAAUGCAACCAAUUAUCUCAUGAGCAAAUAUAAUUUCACAUUCAUUCUCCUA